AUGAGUUCGGAAGGUAAAUUUUUCAGCAAGUUAAAGAAAACUUUUAAAGGGGACAAAAGUAACGAAUCAUCGCCCAAUUCGUCACCGAAGGCCUCAAAGUCUGCAUCUAAAAAGGAAACAAACCCAAAGAAGGAGAAAUUGCUCCAAGAAGCUAGAAAAGAAGGAGAGAAGGUAUUUCAUCAUAAACACGAGGGAUCCACCACUGCAGCAGCAGCAGCAGGCAGUGGCGUUGCCUCGGGUGGAACUGGAACUGGAACUGGAACUGGAGCUGGAGCUGGUGUUGGAGCAGCAACAACAACAUCAUCAUCACCAAUAGUCAAGACAGGAAACAAGGAGCAUGACAAUAUCCUCAAGGAGGCCUGGGAUGAGGGACGUAAGUUGUUUCAUCAUCAGGCCAAAACUGGUAACACUGGUGUUUUUGCGGGUGGAACCGCACCUGCAGCAGCAGCAGCUGGAGGAAUUGGCGGUUACGGUGCUUCAGGUGAUAACAAAAACCCAAGUUCUGGCUACGAGUACAGCUCAAAUCCUAAUGACGUGGUUACCAGUUCAUCGAAAGGUCGCUUAGUUACAUCUCCACCAAGACGUUCGAGAGAGCCACUCAAGUAUGAAAUUCCUGGAGAUUACAGUAACCAAAAGAGCCCAACUGAUCCAACGGUCGUUGCGGACGAAAAUUCUAAAGAACAUUCAAACCCCGCUGUUCUUACCAAUACAGAUCCAGCUUAUAGCGACGAUGCUAAGCCAGCAAAAGGUCAUGGUAAAUUUUUCGAUCCAAGAGAUACGCAAGGUGGAGUACUCGGUGCUGCUACUGCCUCCGAAGACUCUGCUAACGCCUACAAUGAAGGGAAUUUUAGACAAACUCAUGAGGAAGCAACAAAGGCUCAAUAUGUUGAUACUGACAAUUUGAAGACCAAGCCCACUGUUUAUGAACAAGAGGACAGAGCCAAUGAAGCUUUGGAAGAAAUCAAACAAGAUUCUUAUCGUGAGGGUAAUCAACAAGGAAGACAUGACACGCAAGAAGAUCCUUCUAUCUUGGGUUCAAGACAAGUUGGUGGCAAAGGAACGACAACUGAUGAUCAAAAACUUGAUAAAGAAGCGAUCCACCAAGAAAACAAGUCCGCAUAUAACAAGGACGGCGUUGCAGGCAUUCUUGAAAAGGAACAAGGUGAGUUGCCGCAAAAGUCUAAAAAGAAAGAAUCUCAUCCAGGUACCGUCAAAGAGGGUGAUGUUGUUUAUGGUGGCGCUGGUGUUGCUACCGCUAGACAAGACGAUUAUGAUCCUGUUGACACUGAAAGGAGAAUUUCUGACCUUGAUAGACAAAUCAACCAAACUGAUAGCAAAAUCGAGCAAUUGAGAAAUGACCCUAGCAAUGCAUCGACCUUUGCCGUUCGUGAUGAGCCAAUCAAAACACCUAAAUUGGAUGAUGUGCAUGACGAGUAUGAUCAUUCAGAUGGCCAUGAUGAGUUUGCCGAUGCUCAAACUGAUUCCAAUUCCAACGACAAUGCCAAAUCGGGACAAGGUGUUCUUGCUGGUGCGGGAGGUGCAUUAGCAGCAGCAGCCGGCUAUUUAGGUUAUGGUAAUAGUAGGGAGCAAGAAAGCACCAACCAAGGCGUUUCGCAAGGAGAGAAACAAGAAACUUUGGAUGCAUCUUACGCCGCUGGUCAACAACAAUUUGAAAAUGAAAAGGGUGGAAUUUCUUCCAAAGAUGCCGCAUCGGGCCAAAACCAAGAAGGAAUUGUUGAACGAGCAGCCGAAUUUUUGGGAUUCGGAUCUAGUAAGGAUCAAGGCAGGUCCACUGAAGGCGUCACCGCUGGCCAAAAGCAAGAGACUCUUGAUGCUUCCUAUGCAGCUGGCCAACAAAACUUCGAAAAUGAGAAAGCAGGGGCUACAACUAGGGGUGCCACUGGUCAAAAUCAAGAAGGAUUUGUUGAAAGGGCAGAGGGUGCUAUCGGUGGAGCCGCCGCAGCUGCCGCUGGAUACUUGGGCUUUGGCGGACACAAUGCCCGUGAAGGUCAUCAACAGUUGUUGAACGAAGCUUACGAAGCUGGAAAGAGAAAAGGAGAGAAUGAAAGGACCGGAACUACCUCAAGACAAACUUCUGGUCAGAACCAAGAAGGAUUUGUUGAAAGGGCAGAGGGUGCUAUCGGUGGAGCCGCCGCAGCUGCCGCUGGAUACUUGGGUUUGGGACCUCGUGAUCCUGAACAAGAGCGUCAACAAAUUCGCAAAGAGGCUUAUGAGGCAGGAAGAAAGAAAGGUGAGCAAGAAUUGUCUCCUACUGGUACAUCGACAUCCGGUCUGUACUUGGAAGGUACCAAGCAACGUAUUGGUGAAGCAUCAACAGCUGCUGCUGGUGCUCUUGGCUUGAACAGCGCACAGCAACCUAAGGAAUUUACGAAUGAACAAUAUGGUAGAAGCAAGGAUGUAACUGACAACCAUGGUGCUGCUGUAUCGAGAGGUGACAAGUUGGAAAGAAGAGACGAAGCUUCAACGAGAACUUCUCAGUCAUCUAACCAAGGAUACUUGGGCGCGGCUGGCGCGGCAGUAGCCGGAGCUGGUGCAGCUGUUACAGGUGCACUCGGUUUAGGUGGUAAUAACAGUAAACAUAACGAUGCUGACGACUCUUUAAUUCAGGAUGCUGAAAAGGCUGAUCCUUCUAUCGAAAAGUUACCACCACAUAAGGUAAACAAGAAAGAGUUGGAGAGAGAAGAGACUCUUGCACCUACUGCAGAUGAUUAUGAAACCGAGAUUGUUGAACUGAACAAGGACUCAGUGGAAGACAAACAACUCAAAGCAGCCGAGGGUGAUGUUAGUAAGUGGAAUAAGCAACACGGAUUUACAAAUCCAAAAGAGUCGCUCAUUCAAGAGGCAGAGGAAGCUGACCCUUCAAUUGAGAAAUUGCCACCUCAUAAGGUCAACAAGAAGGAGCUCAAGGAAGAGAAAACCCUCUCUGCGGAUGCUGAUCCUGUUGAAAAGGAUGUUGUCGAAGAUACCCAAUUCAAGGACCUCGAAGAUGAUGUUGCCACUUACAACAAAAAGCAUGGAUUCACCAAUGUCAAAUCGUCUUUGAUUGAAGUUGCUGAAAAUGCAGAUCCUAAAAUUGAAAAGAUGCCAGCUCACAGGGGUCAAUCUGUUGACAAGGAAUUAGCAAGUGCUGGCAAUGAGCCAUCAGGAAAUGACGUUCAAAACUUACCAAGCAAUUAUCCAGCCGUAACAACUGAUGAAAUUAAAAGUGCUGCCGGUGCCGGAGCGGUUAGGAGCAGUGAUGCAACCAGCAAAAAGUCUAUUGAUACCGGUAAGAGCAGUCUGAAUGUAGAUGAUGGAAAAGAUCGUGAAGCUUUUGAUAAAGGUGGUCUUGAUGGAAAAAGUGCUGUAACUGGUGUUGCUGGCGCCGGGGCAGGUGCAGCUGCGUACGGUGCAACCUCGCACCACACGUCAGACUCCACAAAGUCACAAAAGUUGGAUGAUGCGUUGAAAAAGUCUCUUUAUGAGGAAGGGUAUUCCAAGGGAAAAUCUGAUGCUACCCCUUCAUCGUCACACAACAAAAAUGUUGCGGGCGCCUCGUACAAUACCACUCAGCCUCUCAACCGUUCGGUUGGUGCUUCGAGUGUUGGUACAGCAGCUGCAGCUAGUGGCGCAUAUGGAGCCGGUCAACUGUUGGAUAACGAUUUGAAAAAACAGUUGUAUGAGCAUGGAUAUAGAUCAGGGGCCACCAAGUCUCAAGUGAUUGAUCCUGAAUUGAGACAACAAUUGUAUCAACAUGGGUACUCCACUGGUCAAAAGCAUCACCAAUCAUCAAACACAGCUUACGGAUCCACUGGUGGCAUCAAAGGCACCGACUCAAAUUUGGACUCGAAACUCAAACAAGAUUUGUAUGAACAUGGGUAUGCCAAGGGUAGUACUGAAAAGAAAGCUGAAAAAGACGACAACAUCCACAACAGAUCGUAUGGUACAUCGAAUAGAGAGGCCGCUAUUGUUGGUGGUGCUGGAGCCGCAGGAGUCUUGGCGGGAGCUUCGGCUUUGGGAUCUGGACACCACUCACAAUCAAACCAAAAGUCCUUGCACACCCCGAUUGAUAGUAAAUCUGAAUUGGUCGAUGAAAAUACUGCUCAUAGAGAAAGAGAAGAUAACUCAAACAACUUGGUUGUUGAAGUUGUUGGUAUUGAAGAUAAAGAAGAAGCUUUAAGAACUGCAAGAAACGCAUCCAAGAAAUUGGACGAAAAGGGCGUCGACUUGACUUCGGGCAAAUUGGUUAUCGAUGCCAACAAUAAGGAGAUUUACAAAGAAGACUAUGUCAGUGAAAGGGAAGUUCAUGGCAUUGGUUCUGCGCCAAACGUUGUUGGCCAAUCAAGGGCCGAGGGUUAUACCCAAGGUGCUCGUGGAUUGGACACUUCCUAUGAGGGUGAUGGUGCCGGUCAGCAAACUAACAUUUACUCUGGACGAGGCACCUCUAGUACUUCAGGAGCUGCUCCACCAGUUGUUGGCCAAUCUAGAGCCGAAGGAUACACCCAAGGCGCUCAUGGCUUAGAUACCUCCUAUGAGGGUGAUGGCGCUGGCCAGCAAACUAACAUUUACUCCGGACAAGGCAAAGCUGCUGCUCCACAAGUUGUUGGUCAAUCAAGAACCGAAGGAUACACUCAAGGAACUCGUGGUUUAGAUACCUCCUAUGAGGGUGAAGGUGCCGGUCAGCAAACUAACAUUUAUGCAGGACAAAGUAAGGCUGCUGAUCCUCGAGUUGCUGGACAGUCUAGGGCCCAAGGCUACACCCAAGGCGCUACUGAUACUUCCUACAGAGGUGAGGGUUCAGGCAAGACAACUAAUGUUUCACCAGAGGGAGACAGAGGCGAUGCCAUUGCUGCAAUUUUGGCCCUUGACAGGGAAGCCGCUCCUGGCGUUACAUAUGGUGAUGGAAGUACUGUACCAGAACUCAAACCCGGUGAGUGUCCUUACUUCAGUUCAAUCGGUCAACCUACUCCUGGUGCUGCUAGUGAGUACCACAAACAAGGAGUUCCAGAACAUGGUGCGUACGCCGAUGUCAUUCGUGAAGCUUAUGCUGCGGGUCAUCAACGUGGUCAACAAGCAGUUGGUGCAUAUGGGCAAGGCUCUCGUGGACCACAUGGAGCAGAUACCUCGUAUGAAGGUGCUGGUGUUGGUGCCAAGACUUGUCCGUACACUGGUGCUAAAGACCAAACCACGCCAAGCGCUGCCAAUUAUUAUCAAGAUAGUCAAGGUGCACAUGGCAGUCGUGAAAUUGACACUUCAUAUGAAGGGGAUGGUGCUGGUGCCAAGACCUGUCCUUAUAAGCCAACACAACAGGGCCAAUUUUCAGAUCAAUCUGAGUUAGCAAAGCAGAGAUUGCAUGAAGCUGCUAGACAAAAUGCAGGAUUGUCAGCUGGUGGAGCUGGCGCUGGGGCUACUGCAGGUGCCGGUACUGGUGCCACCGAUAGAGGACAACACCACACCCAAGGAGGAAAGUCUACAUCAAGCGUUGCAAAGGAGGAAGAUGAUGAGAUCUUUGUCAAUGUCAAGGGCACUAAGGAUAAUACCAUUGCCACUAAGAUUGCUAGAACUGCUGUUGCCAGAUUGCAAAAGACCCAUGCAUCCAUUAUCUCCAAGGUUAAGGAAUUGCAGGUUGAUGCUCACACUGGUAUUGUUAGAGAUGAGAAUGGUGAUGAGAUCGCUCAUUUUGCUGAUUUAGCUGUGGAUUCUAAACAUUCUGAACAUCAUGCUGGUGCAUCCAAGAGUACAUCACAUACCACUCACUCUGGUAAUGGUAACACUUCUACUGCUGGAAAUUCAGGUUCCGCUGCAGCUGGAGCUGGAGCUGGAGCUGGAGUAGGUGCUGGAGGCUUAGCUGCUGCUGCUGCCACUACUGCUUCAUCAAAGCACCCCCACUUGACUGAGCCAACUCAUCAUACAAGUGCCAAUGCAGGACAGCAAUAUACUACUGGCUUUUCAAAGCCUGAACCACCAUAUCCUCAAGGUGUUCCAGCUACAAAGGAUGCAAAUAUUGCUACUGGACAUGCAUCUUCUGACCACCAAUCAUCUACUGUAGAUGAAGGCUCUAACGUCAAAUCAUCUUCUGAUAACUCGAGAGGUGUAUCUAGUGGGUUACCAAGUCACUCCAACUACGAUGAUCGUCAGGCAAACACUGCUUCAACUGGAUACUACAAGCUGGGCAACGAAAACGCGACAUCUUCAUCUCAAGGAGGAUUAUCGGGCUUAGCAUCGAGCAUUAUUGGUGCCUCUGGUGCUGCUGGCGCCUUGGAAUCAUUGGGUAUUGGAAAUCCAAGUGGUGGAAGCGAAACCAAGGAAGAAACUUAUAAUGACAGAUCUCAAUCUGAUUCCAAUCCAUCAUCAUCACAUUUACUGGGCUCCAAUGCAUAUCCAAAAUCAGCUGUUGACGCUUACUCUUCAUCUUCAGAAAACACCAGUUUUGACAGAAAAGUCAAUGAUGCUGCUCUGUAUGGUGGAGGAGGUCAAUCUGGCAGAUAUGCAGAUCACCACCAAUCAUCAACAUCUUCAACAACAACAAAGCCAUCAAAUUAUGUUUCUGAAUCUAGUUACGGUGCCAACCCUUCAUCUGGUAUUAAUACCACAUCUGCGGGCGAAACAGGUGUUGGUAGAUCUACAGGUGGACAUUCCACUUCUGCUGCUGGUAGUGGAUAUGGUUCCACAACGACUGGUUCUGGUGAAUAUAACAAGGUUCCAAGAGAUUUGCAUGAAAGAGGUGCUACUGGAUCCAAUGCUGCUGGAUCAUCGUCACAUGGAUUGACUUCGAAUGCUGCCGAAGUUGAUCAUGAGGCAAGUAGUGCAAACAAUUCAUUUAGUAUGCCAGGUGGGUGGAAUUAG